AUUAUCUCUACAACUCUCAUUCGAGGUUUUCUGAUUCACAUCUUUUUCUUCCAAUACAGGAUACACCUGAUAUGUACUGAAAUCCUGAGAUUCAAGAUCUGUGUUUUUACACUCCUUUUGUUAUUGCCCUAGCUGCUCUUUUUAAGUAGAUGGCAGAACAUGCUUCUAUGAGUUAGCGUUAAGAAUAUUUAUGACCUGUACACGUAUAUAUUUUAACAGUAAGGUUUUCUUUAUCUUCUCAUCACAGUUACUUACUAAUUUAGGGCAUACUGUUUUUUUUUUCUUUUCUAACAUUUCUUUGGGCACUAUAGACCUAGCAGCAUAGAGCUCUCCAAUGCUCUUAAGGAAGGUGUCACUGCUGUGGGAGGAGAAAUUCAUGAUUGGGGUGUUGUGACAACACCAAUGCUCCAUUAUUUUGUGGCUGCCAAAAACAGUGGACUGACACCAUCUAAAGAAAACUAUUAUAGAAAGCUUAUUGACAACUUUAGAACUCUUAGAAGCAAGAAUUCUUCCAGUGGCAACUAUGUACCUGAAAUUUUGUUUGAUGGUGCAAAUGGCGUUGGGGCAUUGAUUAUGAAGGAGCUUAUCCCACUCCUAGAUGGACUCCUAACAAUCAAACCAUACAAUAAUGGCGAAGGCAAGCUGAAUUAUCAUUGUGGAGCAGAUUUUGUGAAGGUAGAGCAGCAACAACCAGAAGGUGUCCCAGAAGUCAGAUUGGCUCGAUGUGUUGCAGUAGAUGGGGAUGCGGAUCGAAUUGUCUAUUUCUUUACUGAUGACAAUAAUAAAUUUCACCUGCUUGAUGGUGACAGAAUAGCAACAUUGGUGGCUGGUUACUUAAUGGAUCUCGUUCGAGAAAGUGGUUUAAGCUUGCGAUUAGGACUUGUGCAGACUGCUUAUGCUAAUGGAAAUUCAACAAAAUACAUAUCACAGACUCUGCAUGUCCCAGUAGUAUGUGUACCAACUGGUGUCAAACAUCUGCAUCACAAGGCACAAGAAUUUGAUAUUGGUGUAUAUUUUGAAGCCAAUGGCCAUGGAACUGUGUUGUUUGGACAGAAAGCUGAUGAGCUUAUAAUAAAGUCUGCUGCAGAUUCUAGUAAUGAUGCUGCACAGCAACUGCUUGCAACCAUGAAACUAAUCAAUCAAGCAACUGGAGAUGCACUAUCUGACCUCCUGCUAGUAGAGGCUGUGCUAAGUGCACGUGGAUGGUCUGUUAUGGACUGGGCUGCAGCCUAUACAGAUUUGCCUAACAAGCUACUCAAGGUCACUGUCAAGGAUCGUAAUUUAAUCAAGACUGCUGAUGCUGAGCGGAAAUGUGUAUCACCUUUGGGUCUUCAAGACAAAGUGGAUCAGCUUGUAUCUCAGUACCCCAGUGGAAGGGCUUUCAUUCGGCCUUCUGGCACAGAGGAUGUUGUCCGUGUUUAUGCCGAGGCUGAUACUAGAGAACAUUGUGAUGAACUGGCUCAAAAAGUGGCUGAAGCUGUUUCAGAGUUCACAGUUUGAAUGUGAUGAAUCAGAAUAUUGUGGAAUAAAAUUCUGAAUACCAA